GACCUUCAUCCUCAUAUGACCUUUGAUAAGCAAUGUUGGAAGCGGCCUGAGAGGUCAUCCAUCUCAUCCGUCCCGUUUGUCAAGAUGCGCGGCAAGUUAUGUCUCGUCUCCUCUCUUAUUGUAGUUAUAGCUUGUUUGUGCAGCACGUUUCUCGGUUUUCCAAGUGCCUAUAUUCCUACAUCUUUGCUCAGUCUCUUCAAUCUUGACAAAACACAAGAUUCCACCAGCAACGAACAGAGUAUUAUUACAGCCUGGGACAAUUUUAUUAAACCUCCCUCUCAGAAAUUCAAACGCGUAUCUGUCGGGAUCAAUUCUUGUUUGGACAUUAUUAUUGAAGGAAUUCGAUUCUUGAAAGAUCUCCACAUUGAACCUGGGUCUGCCAAGGACCACUCACAACUUGAAACAUUUGACCAGUUACAGGAGACGUUUACACAUUAUUUCACAAAAGGCUCUGCUGCCGAAAGAACAUUCCAGGAUGUGGAAGCUUUCAAGAAAAUGGUUUCUGUGGCACAGUCACAACCUAAUGCUCAGAAAUAUUUAGGUGGAAAUGCUUUGUUGAUGGCCAACAAAAUUGCGUCGAAUUUUCCUGAGGUCAAGGUGCAAUAUGUUGGUCCCAUUGGCCCCAUUGUCCGAGAAGCGAUGCCUCAAAACAUUGACGUCCCCAAAGAGAGCUUGCUGUCAGAGGAUGAGGUUCACCUGAUACUGGAAUACAAAAUAGGUGAUGUGUGGGGCAAUCACACCAGCAUUGUGGCUAACCGUUUCAUUCUCAACAACAACUUAGCCAACCUCAACCAAGCCCUCAUGAAAUUCUUUUUCAGUUCUUUAGAGAUUUAUCAGCCAGAGUUGAUAGUCUUCUCUGGUUUGCACACAUUCUCAGCACAAGAUCUUGAGGUCAGUCAGAGGAAGGUUAAAGAAAUUGCCACACACUUCCAGAUGCUCCCUAUCUCUGUUCCUGUACAUCUGGAACUGGCUAGCAUGACGGAACCAAACUUUGUCAUAACGUUGCUCAAAAAGCUGAUUCCACUGGUUUCUUCACUUGGCCUGAAUGAAGUGGAACUGGCACAGUUGUCGUACCUAGGCAAAGGACCUCACACCGAACACGGCCCUUCUCUCACAUCAACUGACAGUUCUUCAGGUUUUGCUGUCAACCAGCCAGAAAUCCAUAAAGUCUCCGACAUAAUCUUGUGGUUAUUAAAAACCUUUGGCUACUCCAAAAAGGAUUUCCCUGCAUCCCGACUGACUCGCAUUCAUUUCCACUCCUUGACUUACCACAUUGUAGGGGUCGUACCUGAAGCCUGGGAAAACAGCGAGUCAGCAGCGGCUGCUGGCACUCAGAUAGCAGGGCGGCAAGCUUGUAAUACCGAGCGGUUGGUGUCUGAGGAUGUGAAACUAAAGAUUCCGGAAGCAUUCCGCCUCCAUUCCAAUGCCAAACCACGCUCUCUUGAUGAGAAACGGCCAGUGAUCUCAUGGGAUUUGGAAGGGUAUCACUUUGUCUUCAGCCCUGUUCUGGUCUGUCAACAUCCCAAGAGGACUGUCGGUUUAGGUGACGCAAUCUCGUCUACGGGACUGAUGUACUCAACUUUCAAAACUAAAUAUCGACUAUAAUAGACUACAAGUUGCUAGAACUUCUUUAAAAAAAAAGCAAACAAACAAAAAAAGCAACUGUGAUUAUUUAAAGAAGAAAUUUAAUAUUCUUAAAAAAAAAAAACCCUACCAUUUUGUAAAUAUGAGUGUAUAUAUUGUUGGACUAAUGUUUGGGCUGAAUGAAUAUUUGUGGUAUGACUUGGUGUGGUGUAUAAAUAACUUUUCUAUGUUGGUUAAAAUUUUUAUAACAAAUGGCAUCCUUGAGAAAUAUGUAAAUAAGUCUUCGACGUUUAUAGAAAAUUUAUUCUCAUUAAUUGUUAGGGAUGGAAACAAUAUUAGGAAUAGAAGCAGUCUUAAUUAAUACCAAAUGGUAAUCGUUGGAUCCAAAUUAACAUGGAAAUCUUGUUAGAACAUCAAACACUGUCAUUAACCAUGAGAGAUCCUCUCAUGGAGGCAGUUUUUAUUGAAUGGUGAUACUUAGAAGUUUGUAUUUGUUGCUUUGCCAUGAACGUGUAGUGUUUGAGAGAACUGAGCUACAGAAACACUUUACCCUUUCGUUACCAUCCCAGCUGAAACCACCUCUGGCUCUGCACUACAAAUGUCUUGUUUUCAUAAGCUUUAAAUUAAAAUCUUCCACCAAA